AUGACUGAGAUCCUUGUUCAGACCCCGCCUGUGCUUCAAGGGCCCUCUGAGAAGGAGCGCAAGUAUGAUCGCCAGUUGAGACUCUGGGCUGCUUCGGGCCAAGCUGCUCUCGAAUCUUCAAACAUCCUUCUGCUGAACUCUGGAUCCGGAACCGUGGGUGUGGAAACCCUCAAAAAUCUUGUCCUGCCAGGGAUUGGAAGCUUCACCAUUGCGGAUGAUGCCAUUGUCCAUGACGAGGACCUGGGUGUCAACUUCUUUCUUGACGAGAGCUCCAAGGGAAAGUCAAGGGCGCAGUGUUGCACAGAGUUUCUGGUGGAACUGAAUCCAGAGGUCAAUGGAAGCUGGUGGCCCAGGAAUCCAGAUGACCAGAGGCUCGAGCAGUUGUUCGAGGCAACUCAGACACCAUUUACAAUGAUCCUGUAUGCCCUGCCUAUCCAGCCGGAGCGCCUCAGCAUCCUCCAGGAAUAUUCUCGUCAGCAUCAAACUCCCCUUGUUGCUGUUCACUCAGCCGGAUUUUAUUCCUACUUCAGUGUCAACCUGCAUGGGGCCUUUCCAAUUGUCGACACACAUCCCGAUGAUACAGCAACCGCUGAUCUUCGGCUUCUCAGCCCCUGGCCGGCGCUCUUGGACUUCACCAAGGAAAUGACGCGGGACAUUGACAACCUUGACAACCAUCUACAUGGCCACUUACCCCUCGUUGUCAUUCUACUAUACUAUCUGGACCUCUGGAAGCAGGGUCAUGAUGGCGCCUACCCGGCAAACUACUCCGAAAAGGUGGCAUUCCGGAACGCCGUAUCCGACGCUAUGAGGAGAGACAUCCCAGAGGGAGCAGAGGAGAACUUUGAGGAGGCAGUGGCUGCUGUCAUGAAGCAUGUAGUCCCCCCCCAGCUACCCAGCUCACUGAAACAGGUGUUUGAUUACCAGCCGUCCAGCAAUGAUAAUACGAAGUCCAGCUUCUGGAUCAUUGCGGAGGCCGUGAAACAAUUUCAUAACCGACACGGCGUUCUGCCCGUGUCAGGGGGCUUGCCGGAUAUGAAGGCUCAGUCUGAGGUCUACAUCAAGCUACAGAAUUUGUACAAGGACAAAGCCCGUCAAGAUGCCCAGGAGGUCCUUGCCACCGUUCGCGGCAUCGCCGGAGGAGAGGAUAUUGACACCGCCGAGGUUGAGCUGUUCUGCACUAAUGCACGGUUCAUCAAGUUGGUGAACCCUGCAGAAGGCAGAACGGUCGACUUGGCGCAAGCCGUCGAACAACAACUCGCCAAUGACGAAAUUGCGGCUUUGGCCGGCCCGGAGAUGCCACUGACACUUAUCCCAAUCUAUCUCGCGCUGACGGCGACUUCUCACCAGGGCGUGGCGACUGCCGAGCAGAUACUGGCCUCGAUCCAAGAUCGAGUUCCCGCGGCAGCAGGCAACGAGCGGGUACAAAAGGCAGCAGAGGAAGUGGCUCGGGCUACGGGUGGCGAGCUACAUAACACGUCAGCCGUCAUGGGUGGCAUGGUGGCUCAGGAGAUGAUCAAGAUUAUCACAAAGCAGUACAUUCCCAUUGAGAAUACGUGUAUUUUCGACGGGAUCGAAAGUCGCUGCCAGGUUCUUCGUCUGUAG